AUGUCAAGUAACGAGGCGCUUCUUUUGCGGUUUUUUUCGUCAGAUGGUGAACGGAGCACAACGAUCGCCUGCGACGAAAACACAACUAUUCAAAAGGUCUGUACCAGUUUCUCCUGCGAUUCUGUCUCAGCGCUCAUCGGUAAUUUUCAUUUUCGGUGAGUGUUUUUUCCAUCACAUGAUCAUAAAAAAAAGCUUUUUUUAAAAUUACGGUGUCUUGCAAAAUAGGUCGGUCAUCUUAUUUUGCUGUUUGGAAUCAUUUGAAAAUCUUGCCAAAAACUCUGAAAUUUUGUAAUGACAUUUUUCAUAUUUGCUGCUUGCGAAAGCUUCUUAUUUUGAAGAUAUAUUUUUCAAAGCUCCCAUUUAUUGAUAAAGGCCUGAUUUUGAGUAGAACGCGAGUUUUGAAAAUUAUAACUUCAAAGAGCGACUUCUAGGUUCCCAAUUAGACUUCCAGUGAUUGUUUGAGCGAAGUUUCAGAAAAUCGAAAAAAAACAAAAUUAAAUGACCUAGCUUUUCAGAAAAAAAAGAUAAUACAAUCCAUUUGUUUUUGCCAGAAAAAAAAACAGACAUUGAUACCAUUCCCAAAGAAAUUCUGCGAAUACCAAAAUUUUGGCCUUCAGAUAAAGAAAAAGAUGCCAAAAUUCUGUAGAGUCAGUUUAUCGACGUUUCCUGCAAGAUUUGCAUCGUUUCUUAUAGUCUGUUCAGAUUUUGAAUGUCAACCAGCUCAGAGCUGCUGACCAGACCGGGGCGACCCGGGGCGGGCCGACCGCAACGCGUUCCGGGGCGCUUCGCCCCGCGAAGCGGUCACACUGUUAUAGCUGAUUCACGGUUGGCUUGAGCCAUCGAGAAAAGGGUCCUGCCACGAAAACUGACGAGACAGUGCCCUGGUUAGUGGAGAGUGCAGACAGGCCACGCCUUUUUGCGUCCCAAGCUAGCUGUGAAUCAUCUAUACAAGCUAGCCGUGAAUCAUCUAUAUCUGUCCUCUAACAAGAACAGAUAUCGAUAGAUUGGAAUCAGUUCAAAGGAAAUUUACUAAAAGACUUUUUCCUAAAAUGAAUUACAAAGAAAGACUUCAACGGCUAGGACUAAACACCCUUUGGCAAAGAAGUUUAAAGAAAGACAUAACUGCUGCUCACAGUUUCAUCUACGGAUACUAUUGGUGCCCAUCUCCAAUUCCUUUACAAAAUACAACAAGUAGAUCGAAUCAACUGCGAGGAAAUGGUCUCAAAAUAGAAAAAAUCUCAAAAUAGAGCGGCCUCUACUUUCUGACAUACACUACCGGUUCAUCAAUCAAAGAGUUUACAAUCAUUGGAAUCAUAUGGAUAGAAACAUAGUAUUUGAGUAUGAAAAAAAUAAGUUCAGAUCUAAACUUGAGAAAUGGUUUGAAAAACAACAUUACAGAACUAAACACUCUUGAUCCAACAAAAAAAUCUGAAAGCUACAUAAUCGACAUCUAAAAAGAAUAACUUCAUGGUUAUUCCAAUUUACUCAAGUGGGGGGUUAACACGACCGCGAGUCCUCUUCCCUCCAUCACCACAAGUUCCGACACAUAUGUUCCCAAACUCUCCCUACAUCUAUUUCGUUUUUUCGGUUUAUAAAAACAUCUAUAAAUAUUUUUUUCCUAUUUCUUUGUGUUUUUAAUCAUGAACCAACUACCUACUUUAUAUAGGAAGAUUCAAAACGAAGAUUUUAUCGAGAAAAAAAGUCGGAAAGGGAUUCUUCGGAAAGUUCCCUAGCGAUAUGAAAAAAUCGGAAAAGUCGCCGUUUCAAUUUUCGCUGGUGUUUUUUUCAUACCACCAAUUUUUUCCCUCAAACUUUAUUUUAACUUAUCUACCCAGCGGGGCGGGGCGACAGCUCAAAACAGCGAGGCGCCCGUCAGCAGCACUGAACCAGCUAACUCCGCCUCUGCGGAGACGGUACUUUUUCGAUGUUUUAUUGCGCGGGACGAUUUUUGAUAUUUUUUUUUCCAAAAGAUAGAAAAAGAAUUCAAAAAAAUGCAGCCAUAUUUAAGGUUCACCGUCAUCUGGAGAUAAAAAAUAUAUUGACGCGAAACAUAUUGUUGCCUUGGGGGUGGAGUUACCUGCUUGACAUUCAAAAUCUGAAAAGACUAUAUUUCCCGAAUAUAGGGAUGUGGGGCCGGUCUUUUUCCGUCUUCGAAAAAUUCCCUCGAACGUUUUUGCUUUGUUCAAAAACCAGUAAGUGGAGCAACUUGUUUGAUUGAACAAGUUCAGACAACUGGAGCAUCAUGCGACGCCCAUGGACGUCAUCUACGAUUUCUGUGCGACCCUCGCUGAUGGCGAAUUCAUCGAAGAUCUUCUGUUGUCAGCUCAUUCUCCAUCCUUUCGGCACCUUUUUGCAUUCUUCUUAGGUUUUCUACAACUAAUCUCCAGUCAAACAAUUAAUCCGAAGGACGAGGCAGACUUAAUGUUAAAAGUCACACGGAAGUUCUAGUCGAAGAUUGUCUGGUACGACGAGGUCGACUGGUUCAUACCUGGGCAAGUUGCAAAGCCUAUUUCUACAACACAACUAUUCGACUGCGAAAUGGUUUGUAUAGUCUGUGUACCACGACUUGGAAUUUCACCGAACGACAUUUCGCUGUGCCGCUGCGAGCCUUUGCGAACCUUGGUCGCGCUUUCAAACUUUUUUCUUUUAUUAAGGUACUCUACUUUAGUGUGCUCCCACAGCGCUAACAAUCAAUUGAAAGCGUGACCUAGAUUUGAAAGACGCUUCGCGAACACACGCAGCGGAACAGCGGAAUGUCGUUUGAAGAAAUUUCAAGUCGUGGCACACAGACUGUAUCUUAAUCUGCUUUUUUUGAAAAAGUUUUUCCAAAGUUUAGAAAUUAUUAAUUUUAGUUUUUUUAUUAUAUAAUUAUAAACACAGGUAAAACGGAAAAGUUUCUUUGAGGAUCCUCAAAGGGUCCUGAGAGGGAGGUAAAAAUGUUCCUCUAAAAGCUCCGAAAAUGAUGUAAAAAAGCUCUUGAGCUCCUUUUUCAUAGCCUCAGAGGAUCCUUUUUGAGAUCCCUCGAAUCUUUUUAGUUGCUUUUCAGCAUCAUUUUUGUUAAAGGAUGUGAAAAAGGUGCAAAAAAAGAAAAAAAAAAUGACAUUAAAAAGAUCAGCUGGGGACACUUUCAAGGUUUUUUUUUGAGAAAAGUUUUUGGAGAGCUUUUCAGUUUUGCCCGAGAACAACAUUUUAGGCCUGAUGAGUUAAUGAAUCAAAACAUAUUCUUCACAAAAUAUCUCAAAAGCUUUUCUUUCACAAUGAAUUGUUUACCUUUAGAGGAAGAUGAAGAGUCUUCUUUGGAUCUUCGGGUAAUGCAAGUUGACAUGCACCAGUCGAGAAAAGGCCUUUGUCUACGAGUUCAAGACGCCAAGUCCGUCUUUUUGCUUCUUUUCUGCAGGCCUGAAUCCAUUUCCUCAUGGCUCACGCGCGCUCAGCAGGUAUUCGCAUAUGCAUUAUCCGAGAAAUUAGGUUUUAAAAAUAAAAGCCAACAAAAAAGAACCUUUUAUUCUUUCUUUUGAACUUUUGAAAAAAAAGAAUUGACUGAAGUAUACUUCAAGACAUCUAGAUCCCAGCAGCUUUAUUUCUUUUUUUCAUAAUAUUCAAUUUAUUUGUGUAGUUUGCUGACUUUGGGUUUUAUUUGCUACUUUUUCGCAAGUCUUCAUGGCUAAAAAAAAAGUUUCGAACUCGUAUGCUUUAUAUUUCCUUCUAUUCAUGAAUAUUUUCGUUUUUGACUUCAUAUUUGGAUUGCGAGUUAUUUCCUUUAUCCUGAAAUCAUGUCGUUUUAGAAUACAUUUUCGCUAAAGCACGCUGUCUCUGUAGUUCUCAAAAACAGUGGGUACAAUAGAAAAACAUUUUUUUGAUUUUGAUAAAACUUCACCCACUGUGAUAAACUGUCAUCAGAAAUGCCGACGCAAGUUUUCAGACCGAUUCCUACUACCGUAGCUAGGUUACGGUGCGACUUUUCGUAUGUAGAAAACUAUGCGAUCUUUCUCGGCGUAUUGUAUAUCAAUCGAUAGGGAAUGCAAUUUUAAGAACUUUUUCAGUACAUGCCAUUAUGGGUUACUGUAGAAAUUUUUUGAGUUACGGUAAUUUUUGUGUCAGAGAGUUCGGUUUUUCCGUCACUCGGGGUGCUAGGGGAAAGACCAAGGCUGGUAACUUUCCUGAAACAUGAAGAAAAGUAAGAAUCACUUUAAAGACCUGACUCAAAUAGAAUGAGUUCAGAAAAAAAUGUUGAAAUCUGAAAAUCACUGUUUUUAGGCCAAAAUCGGCUUCAAAUUGAAUUUUGAGCUAGACGGGUAGGCUCAAAAACAGUUUUUUCUUGAUCAAACAGUUCAUGCGACAUGUAAAAGUGAUAAAAGACAUUUUGGAGCCCAUGCUCAGUAGGACUGAACUCAGGAAAAAACGUUGAAAUCUGAGAAUCGUUGUUUUUUGGCCAAAAUCGGCUUUAAACAGAAUUUUAUGUUAGAAGGGUAGGCUGAAAGUCGGAGGAAACAUUAUCAUAUAUGAAGUACAACCCUGCACUAUCAAAUGAAACAAACUUAAGCACCGGAUCUGACGAGAAAAGAGAGAUAGAAAUCACUAACCGCAGGCGAUUUUCCCAGACAGGUUAAAAGUUGAGCCUCUUCGAAGCGUUUUUCCGCAAUGACCGGUAGGACAGAUCUAUUUCAAAGUGGUAUCUCUCCGUAGGUGUUGCUGAGAAGAAUGUUUCAGGAAAGUUACCAGCCUUGGUCUUUCCCCUAGCACACAGAGCGACGGAAAAACCGAACUCGCUGACACAAAAAUUACCGUAACUCAAAAAAUUUCUACAGUAACCCAUAAGGGUAUGUACUGAAAAAGUUCUUAAAAUUGCAAUCCCUAUCGAUUGAUAUACAAUACGCCGAGAAAGAUCGCAUAGUUUUCUACAUACGAAAAGUCGCACCGUAACCUAGCUACGGUAGUAGGAAUCGGUCUGAAAACUUGCGUCGGCAUUUCUGAUGACAGUUUAUCACAGUGGGUGAAGUUUUAUCAAAAUCAAAAAAUGUUUUUUUUAUUGUACCCACUGUUUUUGAAAAGUUUUGAAAAUUACAGAGACAGCGUGUUUAUCAAAAAUUCAGCUUGGUUGGAUAAAUAUUUCGCAUGAAAAUAGGUAAAUACGUUUCAUUUGAAGUUAACUUGAUACGGAUGAUGAAAAAAACUAGAGAAACUACUUAAGAAGUGCUAUAGCGAACCUAGAGGUAAAACUUGAUUAUAGUUCGCCACGCGAUGGAAAGUACUAUGCAGAAGGGGAAAUAGGUCAAUAAAACAAAAGGAAAUCUGAUUACUUUAUUCCAUCAAAUGCUCUCCCCCGCCUCAUGUAUUUGAAAGGUGGAAAACAUUAGUUUUCAGGCUCAAAAGUUCGCUUCACUUGAUUUGAGCGAUGGGCAUCUAACGCUGAUCCCGGAGAACGUCAUCAACGACGGAACUCGGAUCGAGGCUCUCAACCUGCGGCGAAACUCUUUGACCACGCGUUCUUUGGGAAAAGUCAAUCUUUUCCUCGUUUCAUCACUCGCGCAUUUUCCAGACGACUCCAAUUGGCUUCGUAGACGACCUGUCUCGUCUACAGAACCUGACGGCGUUAGAUCUUUCGUUCAACCGGAUCGCUGCCUUUCCAAAUAAUCUUGUAUUUUUGCCGAAACUAGUGAAGCUCAACCUCUCUUCUAACUUCAUCGCCUCUCUCUCAAAAGAUAUCCGCAACAUGCGGAAUCUCAAGUAUUUCGACCUCUCCAAUAAUCUAUUGGAGUACGUUCCACCCGAGUUUGAAGCUUGCCGCAGUCUGGUGCACCUCGAUCUGUCUUUUAAUCGGCUGACAAAGGUUUGUUUCGUUGAAAAAGAGGAAAGAUGCAUUUUCAUCGUUUUUUUUAUGAAGCGCUGGGCAUCUCACAUCGCUCUGCAGAUUAAUUUUUCUUUGCUCGUUUUUUUCAUGAUUUCCUCCUACAUCAGAGCUCUUAUUAGCUUCAAAAAAAUUCUAUACUGAAAAUGAUAAUUCUUACUCGAAAACGAUUUUCCUUCUUGUCACAGUAAACCGGCUAUGAUCCCACCAGGUGCCCGACUGCUUCGGACGAAUGCCGAGCCUAAUGAACUGGAAUCUGGUGGGCAACUACAUUUCUUCAGUCGACGAAGACCAACUCUCCGAAGCAGUGCAAAAGGUUGAUCUCUACCCGAAGAAUUCAUCGAUAAUGACUUUUCGUUGAGGUUGUUCUGCGGAGGAACGUCUUAGGGAGUACCUUUCGGCUUGCGUGCGACACACUGACCUUCGUUGACAUUCGAGACAACCCCAUGGUCUCCACUGUUAAUCUUACGAGUCUGCAUAAUCUGCGAGUUUGCUAUUCGACAGCUACCGGUCUUCGCAUUUCCACAUUGCAGGUGCUCCAUUGCGAACAUUUGCAGCUGACCUGUCUCCAACUGAAUGGCCAGAGCCUGACGCACCUCUACGCGGACCAUAAUCGUAGAGAGCUUCUCGCUGAAGUUUCUACUUCCAGUUUCAGUUCUCGACACGAUUGUGGUGAUGCCUCUGCCGCAACACGCGACAGUUCUGUCGCUUUCUCACAAUGCGUUGCGCUCCUUGCCAGACUGGGUGGCCGAUCUGCCGCAUCUCACAUUUCUCCGAGUGAAUAACAAUUUUCUGGAUCGACUGCCUCAGAGGUCUGUACUACACACAGCAGUUCAGACCUACAGAGACCCGUCCAGUUUGCAUUGAGCCGUCUCCGCUAGUCAUACUAGACACUUUUCGAUCAUUUUUUUUUUAUUAAAAUGAACAAGGCUAUUUCCGACAAUAAUAGAUAAGAAAUUACAGAAGAAAAUUCUUUUUACUUACUAAAUACGCAUUCCCCAAAUUAGGCCAUUUUCUAAAUCUUGCUAUAGUCUGUUCAGAUUUUGAAUGUCAAGUCGUCGCUCAAGUCACGCCCAUAAUGGUGCGAUAAACCAAUCAGAGAGCGAGCCAUCCACAGAGUGUUUUUGAAUGACGUCAUUGAACUUGACAUUCAAAAUCUGAACAGACUAUAGCGUUUGGAAAAACUUAAUUGUUAAAAAUGAGAUUGUAUCAUUAAAUGUUCUACUUGCGUUUUUCUUCAAAUCUGUUCAUAUUUUCGUACAAAAAACUCGUUAUUAACGAAGAUAUCGCCCAAAAACCGCGAUUGGUGUAUGCACAAUUUAAAAAUACAGUGUGCCAAACCGGACGGGCUGAACAGAUGUGAAAGUUCCUCGCAUGCGAGCAACUUUCUAAAAAAAAUGGCUGAAAUCCUUGAUGAAACCUGCACAACUUCCUAGUUCUCGAGGAAAUGGUUUAAUGCCUGAGAAUGGCCUGUGAUACCGGGCUUUAUUUUUUUUCGUUUCCGUUAAUAAUAAUAAGUUUAUUCACUGCAUACUGUUAAAAAAUAAGAAUUAAAAUAGUUCAGAAUGAGAGAGCAGUCAUUUUUUUUCUCGGACAGUUCGAGAAUUUUCUGAUCCUGAACUGGUUAUAGUAUUUUGGCCGAUUUUCAGUGAAUCCUUGUCUGCCAAUAAAAAUAACCUUUCUUUCCAGAAUGCACGUUCUUCAAAAUGAAUUUUCGAAAUAAGUAGUUGGAUGGUCAAAUGCCUGUCUAAUGACUCCCUUUCCGGAUCUUACUUUCGUUCGAUCUGUAGUCAAUCUCAAUUUUAGAAUCAGUGAAACUGUUUCAGUCUGAACAAGACUGAGAAAGUUUAAAAAAAAAAUCUGAAAUGAAGGAUAACAGAGGCCGCAAGUCUGCAUUCUAAUAGCGAAAAAUGCGGUCGAUGUUUUAGGUCUCACGCUUUCGUUUUAGUAUUUUUUUUCUUUUUUAAUUUUCUGAGUUAGCUCGGUCAUGAGAAUGUAAUAAUCCCUCCAAAGCCGGAAGUAGAAAUGAGAUAAAUAAUAAUCGGGUCUGUCACAUUUCAAUACAUUUCAUUGAAUUUUUCGAGUUUUCAAUCCUUAUUGCUGAACUAACUUUUCAUGAACCCAAUCAAUAAGUGUCUCCUUCAGGCUGUUCUGCUCCUUGUCUUUGCGUUGUUUGUUCGCCUUUGACAACCGCAUCGAAUAUCUGCCAGACGAGUUUGGCGAAAACUGCCUCGAGUCACUUAUUCUUUACCGCAACCUUCUCAGAAGUCUUCCUGUCGGCUUGUUUCAGAAAUGUCGACGGUAAGAGAAACUUUGAAGUCCUCAAAGGAUUUCUAUUUUCAGACUGCGCCAAUUGAAUGUCUCUUCGAAUAUGUUGAAAACGUUGCCGCCACUUGAUGCAGAAUUAAGCCGCUUGCAGGCAAAUUUUCAACUUUUAUAAAUUUCCCUAUAGUCGUUGUUCUCAGAUUUUACGCGUUGCUUCAAACAAUCUUGACGAGUCGUCCGUCCCGACGAUCGUCAACAUGAAACAGCUCAAAACACUGGACAUCAGCGACAAUUCAUUCAAGUCUUUCGAUGACAGGUGUUUUUCAAGUUCAAAAAAUAACGAGGGCAUGGUAUUAUUAUUCUUGAGUUUUCAUUCUACGGCCAAAAUUUAGACAGUUUUUUUCAUAGUAACGGGUGAAAAAUGAAGUAAAAUUAAACGUUUAAAAAAAUUAAAAAAACUGAAUAGAAAGUUUUUUUAUUGAAUAAGAGCAGGCUUGUGCGUCAGGCAGUCCGGGCCGACCCAUGCGAAGAAGCUUGCGCGGGCUUAGGCCAGGCCAAACUGUGCUUCGAACAAAAUUUUUGAAUACGAUCAAAAAAUUUACGUCCUUACUCAAAAUAUCAGGAAAGUGUUCUACAGGGUCGCGCCUCGAAAAUAUAGUGCUGAGGAUCACGCGACACUGCAAAACAUUUGGAACUUCUUUUUGCUGUGGGGUUUUCAGUUAGAGGAGUAAGGAAAGAUAGAGAAGACUCACGGGGCCAGCUCAACUCACCAACUGAGGAACCUUCUCCCGCGCGGAGGUGUUUUCGAAGGUUCUCCUUCUGCUAGGCUGGUAUACAGUUCUAGCUCAUACUUUACACAUUUGCCUGAAAAAUGAACAGAUGAGUAAAUUGAACGAAGAUGAGUCCACGAAUUAGUGGCGGAGUCUUCUUUUUUAAAAGAAAAAUGGAAUUUGUAGUUCCAUAUUUAAAAAAAAAUUGCAGCGCACUGAGUUCCUUGUCACUCCUGGAAGAAGUUUCGCUGAGUUCCAAUAAAAUUUCGCGUCUGUCGGUGUCUUUCGGCGUGUUGCCUUCGCUGCAGAUCCUGCGUGCACAUUCCAACCUCAUCGAGGUGCUGCCCGACUUCUCGCGCAGUACCACGCUCCACGUAAGAGCGUCUCGUUUUUUCCGUUGCUACGUUUGUAGACUCUCGACGUUUGUUCCAACUGCAUCGCCGCACAGACUCUUCAGUUCGAAUCUCCUUCGACGCUGCGAACUUUCGACGUUAGCGGCAACAGCGGCUUCACAGUGCUUUCUGGUGAGGGCAUCGAAGAUAUGACGAAGCAAUCUUGGAAACAAUUUACGAAUUGAAAAUCAGGGAAGACAGACCUAAAAGUCACUUCAUGGGGCGGUUCAGAGUUUACAUAUGAUUGUCAAAACACUUUGAUUUUCUAGAUACAUAUCUGACCUGGAGUUGUUCAGAAAUUAAAAGUUUGCAGCAGGGAGAACUCUGCGGGCGAAAAGACGGUUGGAAGUGGUGGACUUGAGCAACCGCGUACACGGCUUCAGCGUCGGGUGUUCCGAGUCGAGUGGAGCCAAGAACAAGUGCGUCCUGGCGACCUCUUCCGCCUUAUCGAGGCUUUCCAGACUGUGUGUCCGAUGUUUGCGCGUUGGAAACGUUUGGGCGAUGGUAGACGGCGGCUGCAAUUCGCAACUGCCAAACUCCAUUCUACGUUUUCUCAACAACUGCAUCAACAUUAACGUUAGUCUUUUUGAAGCUCUAACAGUGGAAGAAGAAGAUGAACAUAAUAUUCGUUUCACAGGAAGACUUUGAUUUGCGACGGAUCCUGCUACGCUGCCACUGCGCUCUUGGAGAAGAAGGAGAGCGUUUGGGCGCAAGUAUCGUUCAUAGUCCCAAUCAAAUACAGACUGAAAUGACUAGGUGUGGUGCUGAUGAGAAUCGGCGCGAAGAAUUUGGAAAUCGCGACGAGUGGGACGAUUGGCGUAGCCGUAGUCCGCAACAACACUCUACAGCGUGUGUAUGUCACUAGUGAAGCCACAGAAGAAGCCGGAGUUGUUCAGGUUCGACGGCCGCUAUGAGAUCGACGACGAGGAGUACAGUCGCCUACGACAAGCACACGGUUUCGUGGACGACGUUGGUUUCAAACCUAUUUUAUCAUAUUUCGAGUAGAUCUCAGACACAAGCAACCAGUAGUAGAUGGUAAGAGCCUUCAAUGGACCCAUAAAGAGCAAUGAACUAUUUAAAAACAAAACAUAUAGCCAGGCUAAUUUAGUGAAAAGUUCGAAAUUAUCGAUAACUGCAAAUAGAGGCGUUGCGCAAUGAAGUGGUAGACAGUUUACCUCUUAGUGAUAACUCAAACUUUCAUUCAAUAGACGCCAAAAUAAAUUUUUUUUUAAAUUCCUGUAAGACCCUUCUGUGUACGGCUGACAUAAUUUUGAAAAAUAAUGUGCGAUUUGAAGAAAUUCACCUUUUUUUUUGGUAAAUAGUUCACCACUUUCUUGCAUCCGGCUUUGGCACAUUUUUCAAAAAAAAAAAAGUACUUUUAAGAUACUCGUGGAGUGAACUUUUCUCCUAACAUAUUUCAAAACGAAAAAAAAAAAAAUUAGGUUUCAGUGAGGUUUUUGAUUUGCGAUUCAGACGAAUUUGAUAAAUGGCGUGGCGCGUUGCUCGCGGCAAAUCGGUCACUACGCGCUGUUCCCUUUGGUGACGCCUUCGCCGUCGACUUUCUCCAUCUCGGUCCUCCACUUCUCCAGCGCAACUCAUCUGAAAUGCAUUGGCAGGUAGAGGACGGCUUCCAAGGCGUCGUCGUCGCCAACUCUCCUUUCUGGAAGUCGGUCGGAGGCGAAGACGUCCUCCGUACGUUCAACUCCACUAACAACGCUCUACUCACUGCCAAGAAACUCCAGGUUCCGGACGCCACUUUUUUAUCUGAACAAAAAUAACUGAAGGAUAAACUUCAAUCGUUUGACUACGCUGGUAAUUCGAAUAUAAUUGUGGCGAAGCUGACGAAACCGCAAAUGUCGUUCACGGCGUUGCCUUGUCGGGUGUAGGUUACUCAUCAUUGUUAACUUCUCUUACCAAUAUCUUUAUUUCAUAGUUUCAGAAUUACCGAAAAAGACAGUAAAACCUCACGAAGCGCCCUAUCUUCAGCGUAAGCCCAAGCUUAACGGCCUAGAAAACUCGAUGAAAAUUUAGGAUGGAUGGAAAAAUCGAAGAUGAGAAGAUUGCGACGCCCCCUCCGCUUCCGAUAACGUCACCUCCGGAACCAGUGUUCUCGAAACUUGCUCGCGCUCGAGCGAACUUCCAUCAAAAGCGCGACAUCAUCAGCAAAUCUCUCAACUUUACGCCACCGAACGCAGCAACUUUUCAAAUAUAA